UCCUGGAAGGAGUGGUCAGGGGCAGUCAGAGAGCUUUGAAGUCCAGACGCUGGACAGAGCAAUCUCUUGAAUAUGUAAGUAAGCUUUUAAGAACAUACAUACAUAAAAAUGCAUGAGCUGGCAGCCUGAAUUUCCGCCAGAUCCCCAUGUAAGCCUUCAAUCGAGCAACUGAACAUGGCCUCCCCAACAUCCCAAAGCCCCUGGGCAGCUGCUGACCCCGUCUGGACAGGAUGUUAGAGCUCAUCGUGGCGUCUCACAGUCCGUUUUUACUGCCUGGCCUCUCAGUGAUGGUGCUGUCACCAGUGGCCCCGUGUUUCAUGUGGUUUGUCUGGCGGGACCACAUGCUGCUCUGCGCAUAUUCCACUAUCCUUCCUUGGGUGGUGGGGAUUUAGACUGUUUCUGGUUUGGAAACCAUGCAAAGUGCUGCUGGGAGCCUCCCUGUGCUCUUUGAAUGCUGGGUUUGCUCAUGAAGGAGUGGGAUGGCCUGCUCCCUCCUAAGGCAGGGUUCUUGCUCCCCCAACAGGACUGUCAUGUGCAUUGGGAAAGCUGCUUACCCAGGGCUCAGCAUGAAGCGAGGGGUGGGAAUGCCAACAGGGCACACAGGCUGCCUGAUUCAAAGGGGCCUCCGAGGGGAAGGGGUGAGGUGCUGUGCCCAGCUGGCUGAGUAAUCCUGUGCAUCCACUGUGCCAGCACUGACGUCCACACUCAGCAGAACAGGCACGGGGCCCAGCGGCUGAGCCUCGCUGGCACUGCCUUCUUGCUGUACUGCAGGAGGUGGGGCUGAGGGAUUAGAAGUCUCUGAGAAUGUCACGUGCUGCCAGUGGCACCUGUCACAGUCUCCUUGAAGCUUGGGGUCCAGGUUCCCUGGUCCCCGGCUCUGUGGAAAAGGCACACUGAGGCUCUGCUUCAAAAUCCUGGACUGAGGACCAAGGCUGCCUAAAAAGCUCCUGGCCACACUGUCUUGCACCCAUAGGACCCUCAGUCUCCCUCUGGACAGACCUGACCCUGGCAGUUGUCCCACAAGGGGCCCUCCUCAGUGUCAAGGCUGCUUCAGGAGCUGGGACACUGCAGGGACGCACCAGCAGCCAGGAUGGCCAUGCAGAGCAUCCUCCCCCUGAAACGCGAGGCCCUGAGCCUGCUGUCUGGGACCUCAGAGUCCCAGAGCUGCCAGCGGCGUCACACACUUCCAGCCAGUGAGUUUCGCUGCCUCACCCUGGAGGAUGCGGUCAGCGUGUUUGAGAUUGAGCGCGAAGCCUUCAUCUCUGUCUCGGGCAUCUGCCCCCUGUACCUGGAUGAGAUCCGGCACUUCCUGACCCUGUGUCCCGAACUGUCGCUGGGCUGGUUCGAGGAAGGCCGCCUUGUAGCCUUCAUCAUUGGCUCUCUUUGGGACAAGAAGAGACUCACGCAGGAGUCACUGACGCUGCACAGGCCCGGGGGCCGCAUGGCCCACCUGCAUGUGCUGGCUGUGCACCGCACCUUCCGGCAGCAGGGCAAGGGCUCCAUCCUGCUGUGGCGCUACCUGCAGUACCUGGGCGGCCAGCCAGCUGUGCGGCGGGCAGUGCUCAUGUGCGAGCAUGUGCUAGUGCCCUUCUACGAGAAGUUCGGCUUCCAGGCCGUGGGCCCGUGCGCCGUGGCUGUGGGCUCCCUCGCUUUCACAGAGCUCCAGUGCUCGCUGCGCAGCCAUGCCUUCCUCCGCCGGAACAGUGGCUGCUGAGCCGGGCUGCCUCCUGGCUCUGGGGUGGGUGGGGGUGCAGCAGGCUCCAUGCCCACUUGUCUGCCACCCUAGCCUGGCUAAGCAGGAGAGCAGACAGCAAUUCCCAGCCAGAGUGGUCAAGAGAGAGGAAUGGGAGAGCAUCCAGGCUGUUCAGACACCCAGGACCAGCCACGCCCUGGUCCUCAUGGGGCUCCCUGGACCUCCUGCCCUCCAGAUUCUGGGCCCGAGACCCAAGACUGGGUGGGCUGGUACAUGGCGAUGGCGGGAGGUAUUUUAAGAUCCCUUCUCCAUUUCCUUCCUCAUCCUGAGGCCAGGGGGCCUCACGGACAUUCCUUUUUGGCCUCAGCCCCUAGCAUGGGGGAGAGCUAGGAACAGAAUGGGGAGAGGCUAAGGCCUUGUGAUGGGCAGGAAAGUGCAUACAAGGGUUACUCCUCCCUUCCGCUAGGGUCCUGUGCUCUACCUGCUCCCUCUCCCCUGCUGACCGCCCCACUGUCCCACGUGGGCUCCUCUUCCACAGAAUAAAGUCAUGUUCCUGUUA